CAGAGCCGAUAUAAACUCUCCCCCAGGCUGUGGACUAGGCAAUUAGGCAAUAUAGACACACCAAUGGUAUGCAAGUAGGAGUGUGUAAGACGUGUAGAGGCGUCACACCUUGACAGUUCUGACUCAGUUGCAAGAAAAUCCGGUAAAUUGCUGCCACGACGCUUCAGCUGUGCUUCUAUAGCUGAUAUACAUUCUGGAGACAUUUCAAUUCUGUUGCUGUACUGGUCAGUGAAGGUUGUUUAUUUACGGAUUUCCAAAUAGACUGAAAUGGAAAACCAAGAAAGGGCUUUCUUGUUGGAAAACACAAGCUGUUCCGGGCAACGUGGCCACUAUGUGCAAGACCAUCAAGAAGCGAGGCAAGCCACUCAGAAGCAGAGUUUCUCCCGGUGGAUUAACAUUCACUUGAAAAGGGUAAGACCGCCUUUUCGAAAGAGGACCCCUCUUCGUCCUUAGAUACACAGUGGUGAGACCAUGUAAGCUUGAGAGAUAAAAGCAGAAUAAAUUAUUACUCAUUGGGCGCAUCCCAGAUCUUCUAAAGCUCUUUUUGUUAUAUGUAAUAGGUCUACUUCUUUCAGCAUAUGUCAAGAAAUGUGACUCAAGCAGGGUGUGUUACUGAUGAUCUCAACAGCGCAUCCUUAUGCCAUUUCACUAACCUUAUUAAACUUAUUCAUGCCUAUUUCUAACCUUAUUAAACUUACUCAUGGCUAUUUCUGACAAUUCAGCAACAUCUAAUUGACAGGCUGCUGCAUGCAAUAACUCUUUAAAUGGAGGUGAUGUUUUACAUUUGUAAAACUGAGAAAGGUGUAGGCAUAUUGCAGGUUAGGCACAGGCAGUGUGUUUUCUAUUAUGAAAUAAAUUGAGAGGUCAGUAUCUCACAAAUCACAGAAUAGUCAGAUACAUCCCUCUAAAUUCUCUACUCACGUGUGCCAGUGUGAGCCGCCAAUGGAGAUCCGUGACCUUUUCUCGGAUGUUCAAGAUGGCCACAUUCUCAUGGCUCUUCUGGAGGUGCUGUCUGGCUGCAAAAUGCUCUACAGAUUCAGACCAUCAUCACAUCGUAUUUUCAGACUGAACAACAUCGCCAAAGUUCUGACCUUCCUUGAGGACAGGAAUGUGAAGUGUAAAAGCAUCGAUGCCUCAGAUGUUGCUGAUGGUAUUCCCUCUGUUGUCCUCGGGCUAAUCUGGAACAUAAUAGUCCUUUUCCAUAUUAAAAAGUCCACAAGGAACAUCCAACAGAUCUUAUCCACAAACAGUGCCGCAUCCAUAGAUACCAGCAGAGAAACCUCAUCUAUCAGCACCUCAGCCAUGAAGAAUGAUCGGGAUUUAAACACCUUUCCAUCAAAGCGGAGAAAGUCAUCUGCUACAUCCAAGUAUCGCGGCACAGCCAUCAAGACUCUUCUACGAUGGGCCCGAACAUGCACAUCCAAGUAUGAUGUUGAGGUGCGGGACUUUGGUAAGAGCUGGAAGAGCGGGUUGGCUUUCCUAGCACUCAUCAAGUCCAUCAAUCCAGCUUUAGUAGACAUGAGAACAUCACUGACCAAAACGCAGCAGGAAAAUGUGGAGGAAGCCUUUCGCAUAGCACACAACAUCCUGGGUAUCCCUUCGCUUCUAGACUUUCAAGAUGUUACCACUCGGACACCAGACGAACAGUCCAUCAUAACCUAUGUGACCCAGUUCCUGGAGUACAAACUAAAUCUUGAUGAGGUGGAUGAUUCAGCACCAUAUGCAAAAAGUUAUGACAUAAACACCUACUCAUCUGAUGGCUUGUGUUCUCCUUUAUCAUCCCUGGAAAAAUAUCCAAGUAUUACAGAACCUGUAUUAUUUACCUCAGAGAAGAGUACUUGUUCGCUUCUGGAAAGUUCCAUUGAGCCAAAUGACGUCUUUGGGACUUGUUCAACAGAAGGAUACAACUCUGGGAACUCUUUUCCUGUGAAGGGCACAGGCAGACAAGCUUGUGCUGUGGAUAUCAGGACUCUGUCCUUAAGUUCAGAGGAGGGAGUGUACACUCUCCCAGCCCUGGAUUCAGAAGAGGAGGAGGCGUACAGGUACAUCCUUGCACUGGAUGAGGAGGCCAAUGAGGACUGUCGGCCAGACUCAGGUUUCCAGCUAGUAAUGAAUGUGAAUGAACACGACCCAACACUCUGCAUAUGUCCGUGCAGAGAGGUCAGAGAAGUCAGGUCAAAAAAUGAGAAUGAAGGUAAUUUCGGAAAUGAACAGACACUGAUAGAGCCCAAGAAUGAAGCAGCAUUAGGAGAAAAUCAGCGUGUUCACGCUGACCAUGACGGGUUCUUUCCCAGACUUCCAGUAGAGGGCAUCAGUGGACAUAAUAUCUGCCAUGAGCUGCUCACAGCUGGACAGAAAACCACAGGGGCUGACAGAGUGGAAUACUCAACGGAGGAAAGCAGUGGGGCAGCAGAGGCAUCACAGAGGAGAGAGGAUGUGCCAUCUAGCAAGGUAGACGGUGACAUAAAAGUUAAUUUAAGUGAAGAGCUGGAGUCACUUGAUCACAAUAAUGGUAUUGUUCCAAGUGAUGUUACCAAUGGCAAACACAUUGUUGAGGAUGACAAGAGUUUGGACUGGGGAGAGCAACAAAUGGACAACUGUGCUCUUAUCAAUGAUGGUAAUGGAGACACUGACCUAGUGGAAUGUUCAGAGGAAGAGAACAAGAGGGAAAAUGGUAUGUGCGAUCACAAUAAUGGCACACUCGAUACUGAGGAUCUAUCAAGUGAUGUUACCAAUGGCAAACGCAUUGUUGAGGAUGACGAGGGUUUGGACUCGGGAGAGAAACAAAUGGACAACUGUGCUCUUAACAAUGAUGGUAGCGGACAUACAGACCUAGUGGAAUGUUCAGAGGAAGAGGAAGAGAACAAGAGGGAAAGUGGUAUGUGUGACAUCCUGAGAGGGGAGGGUGAAGUUGUGGAAAUGGAGACAAGGCUGAACCAUAGGAUUGAGGAUCUAGGCAAAUGGGAAUGCGACAUCUUGUCCAAUGAGAUCAUCACUUUAAUGAACACAGAUUCAACAAGGGAAGGGACAUUGUUUUCAAGAGGUAUGGGGACCUGUUGUAGUACAGACACAGAAGAGUUACAUCUGCUCAUGUCGCUUUGGAUUCUCACAUACUGCCUCUUCAUCAUACCCCAACUAGACAUCUGCCAAUAUUUUCUACAAUAAGACCUCCUCAAACAAGAACCAUCACAGCCUACAGCAACUUGAACUAAAACCCUCCCGAAACUUUGAGAAAAGCACCAGGAAACAUUGAUGUUUCCUGUCUGAUUUUGCAUUGCUACUUUAAGCUGUAGCUGUAUGUUCCCACUGAUUGUACACACCUGGUUCGGCAAGAAUCAGAUACAUGCUCUAGUCGCCCCCUUGUGUUUAAUAUAAUGAAGUGCAUUUGCUUGGUCAGAGGGCAGAAACCAAUGAUGCAUGUUAAAUGUUUCUCUGCAUGUUUCUAUGAAGAAUAUUGUAAGAAGUAUAAUAUAUAAUAACUAGGGUAUGCUCUCCAAUUUGGAUCAGUUUGAUAAGCAACUCUCUCCAAGAGUGACUACCGUCUGUUGGCACGUUGCAAUCUGACCUUCAGGCCAAAAGGAAUCAGUAUGACCAGCUAAAUUAGAACCAUUGCAGCCUGCAACAACAAGUGUGUGUUAUGAGUGUUUUAAUUAAUGGGGGCCAGUGUAAUGCUUUUACACACACACCAUCCAUCACACACAUUCAAACUGUGUGUACAACCACACUGUUGUUGUGUUUGAUAUACCUGGUCUCACUAGAAACAUUUAAUAGUUGUAGCAUGAGCCUAGGACUGCCCAAAUGCAUACACUCAACUGUAUUCAUUAUUUUGUUUUGGUUUAUGUAUUUUUGUACCUAAAUUGUUUUAUGAAUUUCAUUAUGGAGGUUAAUUUGUACACAUGAAUGUGAUUAACUGAGCCAACAAAGGAGGACAUGUAGUUUCCUUGCCCUCACAUACUUACCCUUUGGUUUUAUUAAUACUGAAUUUGUAAUGAAUGCGAAUAAUAUGAUUAAAAUGUCUCAAUGAA